AUGUCAAUUUCUUCACCUGGGAAAGUUAUUUUAUUUGGCGAACAUACCGUUGUUUAUGGAUGUCCUGCCUUGGCUGCAGCCAUUGAUUCGCGCAUUUCUUUAAAGUUUCAUCGAAUAUCGCCGAGUAUUCGUAAUGGUCUAUUACUUAAAAUUAAUUUCAAAGACUUCACCAACGAGCCUCUAGUUAUUUUGCAUUCAAAUCUGAUCGUUGAUAUUCCACGUGAUAAAGGGGAUGCUGAUAUUAGGGAAUACUUUCUUACACUUUCUGAAAAGUUACUGGUUGAACAAAAGAUGGCCAAAUCAUUAAUCAACAGUUUGGCAGUCUUCCUCUUCUCCUUUUUUCUAAUGAGGAAGGUGAAGGAAGCUUGGAAUCUAGCUCUUCCCUAUGAGGUUACUUGUUCUUCGUCUUUACCUAUCAAUGCUGGCUUAGGAUCGUCCGGUGCUUUCUGUUCUGUCGUUGCUGCAUUUUUCCUCCACCUUGGUGGGGAAAUUACUGUUUCAACACUGUCUGAUUCAGAUCAUUUGCGAAUACAAUCAUUUGCUCAUGAACUGGAGAAAUUUAUGCACAAUUCCCCUUCUGGUAUCGAUACAGCCAUUAGUGUUUCUGGUGGUUUAUUAAAGUUCCAUCGUCUAAAUGAUAAGAUCACUUUACGUCAAAUUGAUGUUGUCAAUCCGGAAUGUUUGCCAAAAUUAAUUGUCAUUAAUACUGGUGUUCCAAGGUCUACAGCGACAGUUGUUGAUUCUGUUCGUGCUUUCCGCCAGGAAAACCCUGCUGUCUUCGACUCCGUUUUUGAAACCGUUCAGUCUAUCUGUGAGGUGGGCACGAAAAUUCUCUCAAAUUCACUUGAUAGUACGUCUCUUGUACAUUUGAGUUCCUUGUUUUCCAUGAAUCACAGAGAGCUCUGUCGAUUAGGUGUUUCUAAUUCACUUUUGGAUGAAAUUGUUCGAAGGAUGGAAGUCCUUGGGUUUCAUGCGAAGCUGACUGGUGCUGGACGCGGUGGUUGCGUUAUCGCAAUUAAAUGCAAAGAAUUGGAUACAGAGGAUUCUUUAAAGGUAGUCAGGAAUACUCUCAAGGACUUAAAUGUCACUGUUUUUGAAACAAGCCUUUGUGCCCCAGGAAUUAAAUUUACUUUGGAUAUGAAUUUCUAA